CUCGACGCGACGGUCUUUUUAAUUCUUCCCACACUCCUUACCACAUGCCAUAACAGAGUCUAUCCAAGCAAAAAGAAGCGAUCGCCAAAGGGCCACGCAACAAUGCAUUCCAGCAUCGUCCGCAUCCAAAAUGUCUUCGGAUUCUUCACAACCGUCGCCUUCGUCGUCGCAGCCCUGAUCGCAGCUUCAGAUCUGAUAGCACCACGAACACCAAGCGCAAAUGUAGCAGUAAAAGAUGUUCAAGUAGUUCGAGGCAGACCACAUUACUACUCUUCGAAAAAAGAAGAAUAUGCCGUAAUCAAGUUCUCCCUCUCCGCCGACCUCUCCUCUCUCUUCACCUGGAAUACGAAACAAAUAUUCGUCUACGUGUCCGCCUCAUGGCCCAACUCCACCUCCACGGAACUCACGAACGAGGCUGUUAUCUGGGACACAAUUAUUACGAACCCGUCUGCGGACCAUCUGCAGAACAUUGGACCCGUAGCGAUGAAGAAGUUGAUUAGAAGCGCGAAGGGGAAGAGUGUUGAUCCGUCAAGGGGCAAGAUCGAGCUCAAGAAUCAGAAAGCAAAAUACCAGAUUACGGCUCCUACGGGCAAGGUCGCGGAAACGGAUAAUGUGGUGCUGAAGGUGCAUUAUAAUGUGCAGCCCUGGGUUGGCAUCUUGACGUGGACGCCGCAGAUUGAGUUUGGCGGGUGGAAGAAGGUUAAGGGGGGUGUGAGCAAGGUGUUUAAGUUGCCGGCCUUGAAGGUCAAGAAAGAAGAGAAGAAGGCGUAGGUGCGUGGGAGCGGGAGAGGUGCGCGAGUUUGGGGAACUAUAGAGGGUUCUAGGGUUCUGGGGUUCUUAGGCAUAUACGGACUGAUGAAAGUCCUGGAAUGAGUGUUUCUCAGCCAGUAUUCCUAGCAUUCUCUCGUAUGUCUCUGCCCGUUGGGGGAUCCUUAAGUGGCCGUACUUUAUUUUAAGCCAAGUGGCUCUCAAA